AUGUAUAGAAUUAUUUUAGAAGGUCAUAGCGGUGUUAAUCAAUUAGGUGGUGUUUUUGUUAACGGCCGACCAUUACCAGAAACAAUACGAUAUCGAAUCAUUGAACUGGCUCGACAAGGUGCAAGGCCGUGUGAAAUAUCACGGAAAUUACAAGUAUCAAAUGGAUGUGUAUCGAAAAUUCUGGGACGAUUUAAUGAAACCGGUAUUAUUAAACCAAAAGCUAUUGGUGGUUCAAAGCCACGUGUAGCUACUCCAGGUGUUGUCACAAAAAUUGCUCAAAUCAAAGCUGAUAAUCCCUCAAUAUUUGCAUGGGAAAUUCGUGAACAUCUUCUUAAACACCGUAUAUGUAAACGUCAAAAUUUACCCAGUGUAUCCUCUAUUAAUCGAGUUCUACGUAAUUUAUCAUCUUCAUCAUCAAUACAAUCUACGCCAGAUUGUCCAUAUCAAACGUAUGAAUUUAAUUACGACAAUUUAUUUAAUACAUCAACUACUCCAUCAAUUUGGCCAGUAUUUCAAAAUACAGAUCCAUCACAUACAUGGGCUUAUUGUAACUCAACGUAUGAUACAAAUACAACGUACUUUAAUGAGGAAGUCGGAAAUGAUUUCUUUGAUGAAGAGAAUAAUAAUAUUUAUGAUGAACAAAAUAUAAAUAGUGAUCAAGAUUCUGAAAUCUCAUCUAAACCAAAAGCACAUCGAAAUCGAACAGCUUUUACUCGAAGGCAAAUAGGUGCACUUGAAAAUGAAUUUGAACGUACACAUUAUCCAGAUGUUUAUGCACGUGAACAUUUAGCUUCAAGGAUUGAUUUACAAGAAAAUCGUAUACAAGUUUGGUUUUCUAAUAGAAGAGCUAAAUGGCGUCGUGAAGAAAAAUUACGAACUGGAAAUUAUACAAAUACUGCAUGUGAAUCAUCAACAAUGACAUUAAUAACAGAUAGAACUAUUCAACCGAUAGCUACUCCAUCAAUAUCGGCUCCUCAAGUAUCAAGGUCUGUUCCACAAUCAUCAAUGUCUAUACCUCAACUAUCAAACUUUACUCUACAAUCAUCAGUGUCUAUACCUCAGUCAUCAAUGUCUAUUCCACAAUCAUCAAUGUCUAUACCGCAACCGUCGGGAUAUACGCUACAAUCAUCAAUAUCUAGUCCUCAACCUUCAACGUUUACUCCACAACCAUCAGUAUCUAUUCCUCAACCAUCAGAAUCCUUGCCCGAUUUUUUACUUGAUCCAGAUAUAUCACAAUAUUAUUUUUCACCUGAUUAUCGACAAAAUUUAGCUACACCCUCAACGAAUUAUUCAUAUUCAUUACCGACAGUAAAUGCAUAUGAAGAUUUUUCUUUUCCACCAAGAACACCAGCGUAUCAAUCUUUCGAUCAAACUGCUUAUCAGUCAAAUCCUAUGUCAAAUUUUCUUCAAACACCAAUGCCAUCGUCACCAGCAUCAUUUUGGGGUCAAUUUUAA